AAAGUCCCCGAAUAUGUUAUCAAGGCCCAAGUUUUAGCAGGAGGUAGAGGCAAAGGCCAUUUUGAUAAUGGCUUUAAAGGUGGUGUUCAUAUAACAAAGGACCCUAAAGAAAUAUUGCCAAUUGCUAAAAAUAUGAUGGGUCACAGACUUAUUACAAAACAAACAAAAGCUGAAGGUAUACUUGUACAAAAAGUUAUGGUUGCACAAAGCGUUGACAUUGGGGAAACAUAUUUAUGUAUCAUCAUGGACAGAGCUCAUAAUGGUCCUGUUAUCAUAGCUUCUCCUGAAGGAGGUAUGGAUAUUGAAGCUGUUGCCGAAAAGACUCCAGAUUUAGUUAAAACAUAUCCAAUUGACAUAAUUGAAGGUUUAAAACCUGAAAUAGCAUUAGAGGUUGCUGAGUUCCUUAACUUCAAAGGAGACUUGAAAACUAAAGCACAGCAAGAAAUAAAGCUUUGGAACAUGUUUAAACAGAUAGAUGCAGUACAACUUGAAGUAAAUCCUUUAGCAGAGACUACAGACGGUAAAGUUAUAACAGUUGAUGCCAAAAUAAACUUUGAUGAUAAUGCUGAGUUUAGACAGAAAGAAAUUUUCCAAAUGGGUGAUGAUUCAGAAGAUGACCCUAGAGAAGUAGAGGCUGCCAAGUAUAAUUUGAACUAUAUUGGAAUGGAUGGUAAUAUUGGUUGUUUGGUUAAUGGAGCAGGUUUGGCUAUGGCUACUAUGGAUAUAAUUAAAUUAAACGGAGGGGAGCCUGCCAACUUUUUAGAUGUAGGCGGUGGUGUGAAUGAAAAUCAAGUUGUAAACGCAUUUAAAAUUUUAAUGUCUGACACAAAAGUUGAGGCCAUCCUGGUUAAUGUUUUUGGUGGUAUUGUUAAUUGUGUAACAAUAGCUAAUGGCAUUGUUAACGCUUUAAAAAAGAUAGAAUUGAACAUGCCAUUAGUUGUGAGACUUGAGGGUACAAAUGUAGAAGCGGCUAAAGACAUAAUUAAAAAUUCAGGUCUUCCAAUAAUAUCUGCAGUUGAUUUAGAUGAUGCUGCCGCUCAGGCUAUUGCAGCUGUGGCAAAGAGCAAAUAG